CUUCUCGUGGUGCAGUUUUGUACACAAUCUCGUAAAUGGCAACUCAGGCUUGGUCUGAUGGACUAAUUCAUGCGAUAAGCAACGUAAAAAAACAAUUAUUCGUAUCCGAUUUGGCCGUCGUUAUCAAGGAUAAGUAUCCCAAAGCCCUUCAUCAUUUUUUGGUACUACCCUGGAAGGACAUAGAUUCGGUAUAUGAUCUAUCGUCCGACGACGAUGGACUGUUACAGAACAUGUACGAGCUAGGCUUAAAAGCCGUUGGUACGACUGGCCUCACAGUUGAUCGGUUCGAUUUUGGCUACCAUAUGAAACCCUCCAUGAGACGCUUGCACCUCCACGUCAUCUCGAAAGAUUAUUACUCGCCGUGUCUAUCACACCGAUACCACUGGAACGCAUUCAAUACCGAGUUCCUUCUUAAGCAUGAAAAUGUAGUGGAAAAGCUACACGGAGCGGGACACAUACAUCGACCUUCCUUGCAUUACAUUAUGAAGCUUCUUGAGACACCGUUGCAAUGCAAUCAGUGCAUGUACAACCCGAACAAUUUUUCGGACCUAAAGCUGCACCUGAAGCAACACGUGGAAAGUGAUAUCGAAAGCACAACCAGCUGAAACAAGUGUUCGUGUGAAUCAGUCUCAGGGAGGCGUUUUAUACACAGGUAAAGGGAUUGAAUAGUCGAAUUUAGGUUGCCAGUCCGAUUAGCUUCAAGCGUGCUACAAGAACAUUGUUAGAGAGAUUCGAGGCCAAAGCAAUAUUCAGUAGUACUGAUUGAAUUGGCACGGGGAAAAUUUCUCUACGUGUUUUGCUGUAUCUGCCUUGAUCGAGGCAAAUGCCAAUAUGCGGACAAAGUGCCCCUCAAAAUAGCAGAAUAUAUUUUUCAGAUCGUUUUUCAUACACUUCGCUAAACAAGAACACAAAGCCUGUGAAUCGGCGCAACGGAGUACGGGAGCAAAGCUUAUGCUCAUUCUAGUUAGAAACUUGCGUUUGAAAAGAACUGGUUCCGGCAAAAUGAAGCUAUAUAUAAGCUUUGCUCAGGGAAAGCUUAGUUGAAGAAUGCAGGAAGUAGGAAAAAGCUCAAACUCAUCUUCAAGCCGAAGUGCACAAAGCAUCACAUACAAGAGAUUGCCAUUUUCUAGUGCAUAAUUAUUAAUUAUCGGUUACAUUUUCACAAAUAUUGAAAAUAAGUGUACGUACAAUUAAAAUAAACUGUUUUCCUUUCCUUGGAAA